AUGGACUGGAAGUCUCUUGCGGCAAAGAAGAAGGGGGAACUUGAGGCUACUAUCCCUCAGGAAUGGCGCAUCAAGAACUUUCCCACCGAUAAUUCGGUCAUGUCAUUUCCCAAGGAGAGCGGGAUCCUCACUUCAGAAGAGCUUGUCAUCACCGAAUCACCAGCCACGGAGCUAGUCCAAGAUUUAGCUGCCGGCAAGCUGACCUCAGUUGCCGUCACCACCGCGUUCUUUCUCUAUGUCAAAACCUCAGUGCCUCAGAGUUUGAUGGUGUGCGAGACCGUCAAUAAUAUCAUCGGCCGCACCGUGAACCCGCGAAAUAAGAACUGGUCUUGUGGAGGCAGCUCUGGUGGUGAAGGCGCCAUCGUCGGGUUUCGCGGCGGUGUGAUUGGUGUAGGCACCGAUAUUGGUGGCUCUAUCCGAGUUCCUGCUGCCUUCAAUUUCCUUUACGGCUUGAAACCUAGCCAUGGAAGACUUCCGUACGGCAAGAUGGCAAACAGCAUGGAAGGCCAGGAAACAAUCCACAGCGUUCUCCCCCACCCUCCCAUCUUGCGAGCUAUCCAAACGGUUGUCGAUAAACUUAGCGAAGCUGGCCAUACAGUUCUUCCGUGGGAACCUUACAGGCACUCGCAUGCCCAUGACUUGGCCAACACUAUUUACGCUUCCGACGGAGGAGUUGAUAUCUUUUCAACUCUCAAUGCUUCGGGAGAGCCGGCGAUCCCGAAUAUAUCCGAUCUUGUCAAGCCAGAUCUGCCCAAGAUGAACCUCAACGAGCUUUGGGACGCCCAGCUCCAGAAAUGGAACUACCAAUCAGAAUAUCUGACUAAGAUUCGAGAGUUUGAAGAGAAGAAUGGCAGACAGCUAGAUGCUAUUAUUGCCCCUAUUACUCCUACCGCUGCUAUCCGGCACAACCAGUUCAAAUACUAUGGUUAUGCGACAGCUAUCAACGUCCUCGAUUUCACCAGCGUCGUUGUUCCCGUUACGUUUGCUGACAAGGCUAUUGACCAUCAGAACAAGCAGUUUAAGCCACUCACUGAGCUAGACCAGAUAGUUCAGGCCGAAUAUGAUCCGGAUGCAUACCAUGGCGCGCCAGUGGCCGUUCAGAUUAUUGGGAGACGACUUACCGAGGAGAGAGUUAUGAGUAUCGCCGAGGAAGUAGGCCGUGUGAUUAGAAAUGGGGCGAUAUCCUAA